CUUGGGAGGAGCGUUUCCUGAGAACCAUGUAUCGGGCGUCAUCGAAGGUCACGUCGGCGCACAACGACGGCGUCUGGAGUACAUUCUGGACGAGCCGCGAUCAAAUUCUGAGCGGUUCGGUGGAUGAAGUCGUAAAGAGUUGGGACGCGAGCUCUCAAGAAGAGUCCCAAUCUCUGUCGGUUGUAAAGCAGUACCCUGGCCACGUCCUAGGGACGAUCUCGGUGACCGCGACCAAGGACGGGCGGCGGGCGGCAUCGUCGUCGCUGGAUUGCCAAGUGCGCAUUCUGAACCUUGAGACGGGUGGAAUCGAGAAGACAAUUGACACCGGGGCUGGGGAAACGUGGCAGAUUGCGUACGACCCGACAGACAAGUUUCUCGUGUCGGGGUCGCAGCAAGGCAAGGUGAACAUCAUCAACAUCGAGCAGGAAAAGAUUGUGCAGGCGAUUGAAGCUGAUGGCAAGUUCAUAAUCUCUGUCGCGUACUCCCCCGACGGAAAGCUCGUUGCAUGCGGCGGGUUCGACGGCGUCGUCGCCAUCUAUGACGUGGAAACGGGCAGCGAAGUCCAGAAAUACGAAGAUCGAACGAAGCCCGUCCGGUCCGUGGCAUUCAGUUCCGACGGGACCUUCCUCCUCGCUGCGUCCGAUGACAUGCACGUCAAAAUCUACGACAUCACACAAAAGAACAUUGUGGGCUCCGUGUCCGGGCACAUCUCUUGGAUCUUAAGCGUUGCGUGCAGUCCUGACUGCAAGCAAUUCGCCACAGCCGGCGGCGAUCGCAAGGUCAAGAUUUGGGACUUGGCGGCCAAGACCUGCCUUUAUACGUUUGAGUGCCACACGGACCAGGUGUGGAGCGUGGCGUACAAUUCGACCGGGACGCGUCUCGUCUCGGGCGGAGAUGAUGCGCUCUUGCAAAUCUAUGAAAUAGCGUCGUAGACGAGCGCACGUUCAGAGUGCUUUGCCAAGGCAAACGGUAACCCAAACGACAACACUCCACCUCGUGGCAUGUGUACAUUUCCACGCGU